AUGGGGAGCGUUCCGGAAGCGACUCCGAACGAGGCCUCGCACGCGCUGUUGAUGUCUGCAGAGAGCGCGGCGAAGCGACAAACCGUGUCUGCUGCAUGCCAAGAGUGUCGUCGGACGAAGACAAAGUGUGAUGGCAAACGUCCCAAAUGCAGUCGCUGCGCGCGGAAGCAACACCAGGACCCUUGCACGUACCUCGUCGGCGAGAACGAAACGCAGCAACAAGGGGCGAAGCGCAAGUUCGACCAGUUGGUCAAGACAGACAACGACUACCGCCAGCUACACGACUUGAUCGCCAACAGCGACCCUCGCACCGCCACCGAAAUCUUCCGCCGGAUUCGCUCGAAGCAGGAUGCUCACUCCAUCCUCAGCGCCGUCCAAUUCGGCUCGAUCUCCAUCCAGGACCGAGCAGCGCGCCGGCAGCUUAUGCUGUCCUUGUUCCAAAGCACGGCCUCUCUACCCGACAUCAUACGUCUCGCCACCAAGAGCGGCACUCUUUACCCGCUGGGUACUUCGAGCAAGGCUCCUCUGCGACUGACAGCAGAUAUGAACUCGUCAGGCGCUCCCAACGGACCUCCUCCUUUCCGAGUCCCAGCGGUCCCAUGGACGUCACUUGCUUCGAGCGAUGCGGUAUCGCAGCUUGUCUCCGUCUUCCUACUCCACCUCAACCCGGGUUUCGCGUACCUGGAUCAAGAGCCAUUCCUCGACGCCAUGAGGUCUGGUGACAGGACCUCCGAGUACUGCUCAUCGUUCUUGGUCCACAGCAUCUGCGCAAUGGCAGCGACACAACAUGAGUGCGAUGAGGUUUUUCUCGAACCAGGUGAUAUGUUGACACGCGGCGAUCACUUCUAUCGCGAAGCCCUUCGUUUGUGGCAUGAAGAGCAGGGCGGUGUCUCCCUUUCCACCAUGCAAGGGCUACUGGUCCUGAAUCUGGCUGCAGGCAUACGGGGAAAAGACCGAGACGGUGUUCUGCUCCUCACCAAUGCAGUGCAAGUUGGCAAGAAUCUCGAUCUUCCCAUCUUCUCGGGACUGCGGCCAAACGGGGCUCGAUUCGAUCCCGUGCGAAGGCCGUCAUAUCCUCGGGCAAAACUAUUGGCGUCUGCCGCUUUAUUCAUGACAGAGAUCUUCAACGUCAGCACACUAAGAGUUCCUUCACGUCUGCCAGAGCCGACUCUGGACGAAUUCGAAGCUCUGACGGCAGCGCUGCCAUCAUCGCCGGCAGCAUGGCCAGCUUACCCGUUGAAGCAGGUAUCGAGCCAGUUUGACAGCAACGCUCAUCUCCUCGCCCGAUGGGAGCUAGGUCUGCUGGUGCAUCAACUCCACCAUGAACUGCUUCAACCCAAGACGUCGGCUACUGCAUCUGCGAUCCACAAAACGGCGCAGGCUUGGGCGCGAAAACUCAGCGAGUGGUAUCAAGCGCUACCGAAAGGGCUGGAGUAUGCGAAAGACAUGGCGAUACCGCUGUAUGAACUACACGCUUCUUACCACUGCUGCCUACUUCACGUGUACACUUUUGGCGGACAGCUGAUCGAAGCAGCAAGUACACGCGAGCACACAGAUUCGACUCCAGAGGUAUUCUACAGCAGGUCGACAGUUGACUCAAUCAGACCAUCCCCUCUGGAAAGAGAGGCCCUAGAAGUUGCUCACAGGAGCGCCGCGCUCAUGAAAGACUACCGAGAGACAUACAGCAUGCGCGUCGCACCACCCAUGAUGAUCCAGGUAGCUGCGAUUGCAUCGUUCACUCUCGUCAAGGCACUUGAGCGCCGACCGGACUCUGCUACGCCCCGGGCAGCACCUGCAGCGGCUGAAGGACAGCUUCAAGCCAUCGAAUCCGCCUUCGACGAGACCUUUCGGGGUCUGGUGGCUCUAGGCCUACAGAUCUUCAUUGCUCGUGGUAUUGCGCGAAUGGUGGUCGGCACAGCGCACUAUCUGAAUGUGCGACUGCCAGACUCGGUGCUGCGCAUGAUGCAUCUUAUAGCAGAGAUGGCAUGGCGUCCGUCGGAUCGUUUGAAGAUCAGCUCAGUGUAUCCGAACGCUGCCAUGGCGUCUGCUACGACUGGCUCGGAGUUUCAGAUGGAUGAGAUGCUGCGGAAAUGGGAGGCGUUGGAGAUCAAGGAUAACGAGGCUCAGGCGUGA